AUUCCUUACAACAUUCCUCCCGGAAUGGUCCCCCCUUCCCCCUCACAGCCUUUCCCUCCCCCUUCCCUCCUCUGCAUGACCGCGCUCUCUCCCUGGACACAGAGUGGAUGAAGACGCUGUCAGGAGAGUCAGGGAUCCAAAAUCAGGCCUUGAGAAAUGUGGCUCUUAUACCUCCUGGUGCCAGUCUUGUUCUACACGGUGGGAGGCUCCAUCCCGACCCGUCAGAAGCUCUUUGGGGAGGUGACUUCUCCCCUGUACCCCAAGCCUUACCCAAACAACUUCGAGACAACCACUGUGAUCACGGUCCCCGUGGGAUACAGGGUGAAGCUCGUCUUCUGGCAGUUUGACCUGGAGCCUUCGGAAGGCUGUUUCUAUGACUAUGUCAAGAUCUCCGCUGACAAGAAAACCCUGGGGAGGUUCUGUGGGCAGCUGGGUUCUCCACUGGGCAACCCUCCAGGGAAGAAAGAAUUUAUGUCCCAAGGGAACAAGAUGCUGCUGACCUUCCACACGGACUUCUCCAAUGAGGAGAACGGCACCAUCGUGUUCUACAAGGGCUUCCUGGCCUACUACCAAGCUGUGGACCUGGACGAAUGUGCUUCCCAGCACAACUCGCCUGAGGAGAGCCCCCAGCGCCUGUGCCAGCACCUGUGUCACAACUACCUCGGCAGCUAUUUCUGCUCCUGCCGUCCAGGCUAUGAGCUUCAGAAGGACAGGCGCUCCUGCCAGGCGGAGUGCAGCAGCGAGCUGUUCACAGAGCCCUCGGGCUACAUCUCCAGCCUGGAGUACCCCCGGCCCUACCCCCCCGACCUGCGCUGCAACUACAGCAUCCGGGUGGAGCGGGGCCUCACCAUCCAGCUCAAGUUCCUCGAGCCUUUCGAAAUCGAUGACCACCAGCAAGUGCACUGUCCCUACGACCAGCUACAGAUCUAUGCCAGCGGGAGGAACAUCAGGGAGUUCUGUGGGAGGCAAAGGCCUUCACACAUUGACACCGGCAGCAACGCCGUGGAUCUGCUGUUCUUCACGGACGAGUCAGGGGACAGCCGGGGCUGGAAACUGCACUACACCACUGAAGUUAUCAAGUGUCCCCAGCCCAAGACCCUAGACAUGUUCACCAUCAUCCAGGACCUGCAGCCUCAGUACGAGUUCCGUGACUACUUCAUUGCCACCUGCAAACAAGGCUACCAGCUCAUAGAGGGGAACGAGGCCUUGCUCUCCUUCACCGCCGUCUGCCAGGAUGACGGCACCUGGCAUCGCGCCAUGCCCAGGUGCAGGAUCAAGGACUGCGGGCAGCCCCGAAGCCUGCCUAACGGGGCCUUCAGUUAUACCACCACAGUGGGCGUGAACACCUACCAGGCCCGGAUCCAGUACUACUGCCGGGAGCCAUAUUACAAGAUGCAGACUAGAGGCGGCAGAAGUGAGGCUGAGCGAGGGCUGUACACCUGCACAGCGCAGGGCAUCUGGAAGAAUGAGCUGGAAGGGGAGAAGCUGCCUCGGUGUUUGCCAGUGUGCGGGAAACCCGUCAACCCCGUGGAGCAGAAGCAGCGCAUCAUCGGCGGCCAGAAGGCCAAGAUGGGCAACUUCCCCUGGCAGGCCUUCACCAACGUCCACGGGCGCGGGGGCGGCGCGCUGCUGGGCGACCGCUGGAUCCUCACGGCCGCGCACACGCUCCGCCCCAAGGAGGUCGACGCGCACACCAACGCCACCGUGGACGUGUUCCUGGGCCACACCAACGUGGAGGAGAUCAUGAAGCUGGCCAACCACCCGGUCCGCAGGGUCAUCAUCCACCCGGAAUACCGCCAGGAGGACUCCAACAACUUCGAGGGGGACAUCGCCCUCCUGGAGCUGGAAAACAGUGUCACCCUGGGCCCCAGCCUCCUCCCCAUCUGCCUCCCCGACAACGAGACCUUCUAUGAAACGGGCCUCGUGGGCUACGUCAGCGGCUUUGGGAUCACGGAGGAGCAGAAGAUUUCGCACGACCUCCGGUUCGUCCGUCUGCCCGUAGCUAGGCGAGAGCUGUGUGAGAGCUGGCUCCGGAGAAAGGACAGGAAAGACGUGUUUUCUGAAAACAUGUUCUGUGCCGGGGACACGACUCGAAAGCAGGACUCCUGCCAGGGGGACAGCGGAGGGGUCUUUGUCGUAAGAGAUAAGAAAAAUGACCGCUGGGUGGCCACGGGCAUCGUCUCCUGGGGCAUCGAGUGUGGCCAGGGGUACGGCUUCUACACCAAACUCCUCAACUACGUGGACUGGAUCAAGAAAGAGAUGCAGGAGGAGGAGGGCUGAGCCCAGAGGUCACUAGGUCAGAACCCAGAGAGCAGUGUGUUAAAAAAAAUUAUCUGAGCAAUUAUUGAUAACCACUAAGAAUCCAUAUUAAAAUCACUGACGCAGAAAAA